AUGGGGGAGAGAGGAGGGUUCUGGGGCCGGCGGGACCGAGCCCUGCUGUGGUGCGUGCUGGGGGCGGUGUGGGAGGCGGCGUGGGGGCAGCUGCGCUACUCGGUCCCCGAGGAGCUGCCGAAGGGCUCGUUCGUGGGCGACGUGGCCAAGGACCUGGGGCUGCAGCUGCCUGCGCUUCACGACCGCGGUGCUCGGAUUAUGCAAGAAGGUAAGCGGAAAUAUUUCGCUCUGAACGCAAAGACCGGCCAUUUGUAUGUAAAUGAACGAAUCGACCGGGAAGAACACUGUGGACGAAAACCAGACUGCAUAUUAAAAUCAGAAAUUCUUCUUCAGGGACAGAUGAAAAUAUAUAAGGUGGCUAUUGAGGUUACUGAUAUUAAUGAUAAUACUCCCGUCUUUCAACUCAGUGAAUUCGUUCUGAAAGCGAGUGAAAAUGCAGUGAAAGGCUCGCGCUACCUCCUACCCAAAGCCCACGAUCCCGAUAUACAGCAGAACACUGUACAGGCUUACGAACUAAGCGAUAACAAACAUUUCUCCCUGGAAGUGCAAAUGGGACCCGACGGGCGUCCCGAGCUGGUGCUGGCGAAGGCGCUGGACCGGGAGGAGGCGGCGUUUCACGAGCUGGUGCUGAGGGCGAUGGACGGCGGAGAGCCGGCGCGGACGGGCACGGCGCGAAUUCGUGUGGCCGUGCUGGACGCGAACGACAACGCGCCUGUGUUCAGUCGGGCGGAGUACACGGUGCGUGUGCCGGAAGACGUGCCCGUGGGAUCAGUGCUGCUCACCGUGAACGCUACAGACGCCGAUGACGGAAUUAAUUCAGAGAUCAUUUAUUCCUUCACAGAAAUGACAAGCAAAGCGUCUUCUCUUUUCCAUCUCGAUCCCAAGACAGGGGAACUAAUAAUUCUCUGCGACCUGGACUAUGAGGAGGAUGAAAGUUAUGAGGUAGAGAUACAGGCGCAGGAUGGGGCUGGGCUAUCGGUCCGGGGAAAAAUCUUGGUGCAUAUUGACGACACGAACGACAACGCGCCCGAGAUCACAGUAUCAAGUAGCAUAACAGAUAUUUCUGAAGAUGCGCCGGCGGGAACAGUUGUCGCUCUUCUGAGAGUCAGGGACCGGGAUUCGGGCGAGAACGGGGAGAUCAGCGUGUCCCUGUCGGACAGUCUGCCGUUCCACCUGGAGAAGUCGUUGGAGGACUAUUACCGCGUGGUGACGGCGAGAGAGCUGGACCGGGAGGAGGUGUCG